AUGGACGGACUCCAGGUCACCAACGCCGCUGCACGCCUGAGUCAUGAUGGGACUCUGAAGGACAAUGUGAGCGUUCGAUCCACACCGCUCCCGGACCCCGAGGCUCAACCACCAAGUCCUACUCAUCAUGCGCGGCCAGGGCGGAGCAACGUCACAGUCUCAACGAGCCGGAGCGAGCAGCAACGUCUGCGCCAGCAGCAUCAACAGAAUGCGAGUCGCCAGGCCGGUGUGGGCAAUGCGCCAGAUGCGGUGGAAGCAGUGGAACUCCAGGCUUUGUCCAGUGAUGGAUCGGCCCAGGCUAUCGACGUUGAACAAGCAGCCAGGACGAGGAGACCGCGGCCCAAGUAUCUGUCUCUCCCUCGCACAGCUCGCAAUGCUUUCAUGGAGGGGUGGUCAAAUAGAACAAGCGAGCUGGAUCGAGCCCGGGGGGUUGUCCAGAUCAGUGACACCGAGAUCAAGAUAUCCUACAAGACGUUUCAGGAGUAUUGCCUGGAGCACUACCGCAACAAGUUGGCGGAAACAGCGCUCAGCUUUCGCUACGACAAGACGGUAUCUUCUGCGUCCUUGAUAAGACGAUAUCAAUCUGAGAUCCAAGAGUAUGUUGCCGCACUGAAGGUGAUGGACAGCAUCAAUGCAACCUACAAGGAGCACAGGGGGCGGACGAAAUUCGAACCUUCGACCAGAUGGUCAAAGGAACGGGAACUGCUCCGUGACACCCGCUUGAGAUGGCGGACAUCGCACGCCCACAAGCUUAGUGGCCCGGCCCUCGCACAGUUCGACCAAGACAUGCGGCCGCUUCAGGACGAGGCUGGCACUUCACUGCCCCUCCCUCUUGAUCGUCACUUUUACGAUGCCCGCCUGGAGAGGUACCCCUUGCUUAGGUUCAUAUGGUCACUUGAGCUUGGUCCGUAUUAUAUCCGCGUAUUCUGGGCGGUCAUUGGUGGAGCAUUCCUUGUUAUUCCCAUGUUGAUCAUGGUGCUUAUCCCAACAUUGAAGACGUCCCUCAUCACUACAUGUGUCGGCGUCAUUUUCUUUGGGCUCAUCAUCUCCUGUUUCCCUGGUCUGGUUAGUACCAAGGAUGUCAUGUCGGUCACAGCUGCUUAUGCUGCUGUCUUGGUAGUGUUUGUGGGAACCAGCGUCCAAAUGCAGGACAUGUGA